UGUUCACAGAGAGGUGAGCAGCAUGUUAGCUAACUCAGAGAAGAGAUCCCCGGAUGGAGCCUCUCAAAGCAAACACAUCUCCAGGUCUGGAUCCAGGGUGAAGAAGGGGACUCUUCUUCCUCCUCUCUCCCCUGAACCCCCUCCUCUCUCAGUGCCCAGGCCUCUCUUCAGCCUCCCCCCUCUCCCCUCUGACAGACCUCUCUCUGUGAUGGAUCUCCCUCGCCUCAUCGCACAGGUCGGACCUCAGAGAGCCAGAGGGGACACAAAGUGGAGCGAAGGACCCCGAAUGAUGGCCUCAGCGCUGGGGGCCGACAUCCCCAUCAGAACUCCUGAUGAGAGCACAGCACACAGUCUCACAGAGAAAGCUGAAUCAACCAAAGUCCCAACAUGUAGGGGUAAAAAGAUAAAGGCUGUGAAGAAUGAGAAACCAGCUCCAGAUCCUCUCAGCGGCACAGAGGUGUUUCAAAUGUUCACCGAGAGGAGAGGCAGACGAGAGCUGGAGCUGUUCUACCUGAAGGAAGUGGAGGGAGACUCUUACAGACCCUACGACCUGCGGGUGGUGCCCUGCAGUGCAGCGGGAUCUGAACACUACAUCUUCUCUCCUCACUCUGUUCUCCAUGUGACACAAAGAGGAUAUGGAGGUUUGCUCAGUCUGUCAGAGUGGUUCAGAGAGUCAGUUCUGUGGAGGGAUCUGCAGGAAAUCCCCUUCUUCAGAGACUUCCCACUGAGGAGAGCUUUCACCAGGUGGCGGAGAAAUGUCCAUAAAGUCAUCUUUCAGCGCAGGUGUAAGGAUCUUCAAGAUGUUCUGCUUAUCGCUGUGCCUCAGUUCAGAAAUGCUCUUCUUCUGUUCAACAGAACCAUUGAGGAGGUGAAAGGGACCCACUGGCUGCCUCAGGAGGAGAAUACAUCUUUCACUUUGCUGGAAUUUAAGGAUGUUCUGAUGACCAUGAAUCAGGAGUGUCUGCAGAUAUUAGAGAAGUUAUCACAGUACCGUGCUGCCAUCCUAAAUAAGGUGAAGGAGCACAGCUACAGGACUCAGCAGGAGCUGCAGCUGCACCUGGAGUUCAGCCUGAAGCCGAGCAGAAGCGUUGAGCCGCUGCACCGCCAGCUGCUCCACCAGCAGCAGCUUCUCUCACAGCUCAGCAGGUCUGAGAGCGUCCUGCAGAGGCUGGGCAGCUUCUCUGCUCUCAUCAACACCAUCACCGUGCAGAGCAUCAUCUCUCUCAUCACUCAGGACCUCACUCAGUUCACCAGCAGAGUCCUGAAGAGAGGUGAACUUGAGGGCUGUUUGUUCCACACUGAGCUGAGUCUCAGGGAUGAUCAGCUGACGGUGGACCCCCCCACACAUCUGCUGCAGGAAGCUGUGAGCGGAGCCAUACUGACUGUAAAAGACUCAGUAAUACAGAUGUGUGAUUCUUGUGGACUCUUCCUGGAGAUCAGCAACACUUCUGAUGUCUCUCAGGAUUCACCCUCUGACCUCACAUGUAUUGAGCAUCAUAUCACAGGGGAGGAUACCAGCGGUGAAGAGUGUUGCUCCUGGAGGUUGCACAGAGAAGCGUCCUCUCGCUGGCUGCAGCUGCAGAAGCGAACCUCUCUGCUGCUGCAGGGCCGCCGGCUGCACGGCUGCUUCUCCCCCCUCACCCAGAGCCAGCUGCAGCAGCAGAUCCACAUCCACAUCCUCACAACACAAGCUGAGGAGGAGCAGGCCGGCGUCAUGCAGGAAGCAGACCUAGAGAUCCAGCAGCUGUGUGAGAGCUUCUCCUGGUUGGUGGACAUUCAUGUGUUCAUUAGUGAAAGGAGUGUUUCCUCUCUGGACUCCCUGAAGGAUCAGCCUGCUUCACAGUACCAGGAUCUGAUAGAGAAGACCCGCUGCCUGACAGAAAGACUCUCCAGCGUCCCCUCCUCCGUCUCCACCUCCAACCAGCUGAUCAACAUCCAGUGCAGCCGCAUCAAGGAGCCACUCCAGCAACAGCUGAGGUUGCUAGAGGAGAAACUGCAGCAGCAGCUGGUGCAGCAGAUCCAGAUUCUCUCUGAAAACGUCUCAUCAGACCUGCAGAGAUAUGCUGCUCGACUCAGGACAGAACCAGGAGACCUGCAGGAGCUCUCCACAUAUGCUCUCAUGAUGAGGGAGUGUGUGAAGAUGUGUCCUGACAUGCAGAGACGUUUGGAGUACAUUCACUCCCUCCAGGAAACUCUCUGCAAGAACUACAGGAAGAUGACUGAACAAGAGGAGACUGUGAAAGAAAAGAUGCUGGCCUUGUGGGAUGGCUUCAUUCCCCUCCUAAAGGAAGCAGACAUCAUUGUGUCUUGUCGCCUUCCUUCAAUGGCAAACGCCUUGGACGCCAUGUUCUCAGUGUUGGCCUGCGACCUUAAAAACACCGUCUCUAAAGCUACAGCCGGACCCUUCAUCGACCCGAGCCAGGAGGCUAAAGAGAUGGUUUCCAGACUGAGCCUCAUGUGUGUUCAUGUGCAGAAUCUCAACGCAAACCUGGAGCAACUGAGCAGCAAAAGUCAAAACCUACACGAACAUCCAAAGGAUUUGUCCAUUUUAACAGCCGAUGUUCAGAGGGUCAAAGCCCGUAAAGAGCUGUGGGAGAUCAUCUCUGCGUACACAACAUGGAGAGAAGAGUGGAAACAGCUGCUUCUCACUGAGGUAGUGGUGUCAGAAGCUCAGGGGAAAGUUGCCAAGUGGAAGGAGCGAACUUUGUCUCUAACAAGCAUCAUACCUACCCAUGAUGCAGUGCUGCAGCAGGCUUUAGGAAACCUGGAAAGUUUAGAGUAUCACGUUGAGGUCAUGGCCAAACUGCAAAGCCCAAUGCUGACACACAGACACUGGAAAGACAUUUUUGAAGGCAUGGGCCUGCGGUUUGUCCCAGAGAAGAAGGUGAUUGUCGCUGAACUGACGUCUCUCCCUCUUGAAGUUCACCAGGAACUAAUCAACAAGAUAUGCAGGGAUGCACAAGCAGAGUAUAACAUGGAGCAGAACUUCAUAAAGCUUCAACAGGAAUGGAAACCCAGACUAUUCCAGCUGGAUAAAUUCACUCUGCCUGUUUGGCAGCAUCAAAAACCACAAUAUGUAUUACCAGAAACAAAGAAACCCACAGAGGGCAUAGUUUCAAAACUCCAAACUGCCAAUCAACACACCUGUAAUGAUCCAAGACUCCUCGUCAUUGGUCUGGAGAUACACUUUGCUGAGAUAGAGAACGAUUUGAUGACUCUGUCCACCAUGUUGAAGUCCCCACACAGUGUUGACUUCAGGCUGCAGAAUGAACAUUUGUUCCAAUCACUGCACGAUCUCGGGAAGCUGCUUUGUUUAUUUGAAAGAUACCAGCAGUUAUGGGCUUUCUUGACCAAGAUGUUCCAUGAAACAUCCAUAAGAGUGCAGAGUGUGGAGCUGCUGGAACAAUUCCAACCAAUUGAUGAGACCUUUAAGGACAUUAUUCAGUCCGUCUCAAGUGACACUCAUGUGUGGAACUUUGUUAAUCCAAAGAAAACAAAUGAGAGAUUUUAUGGCAGAAACUUCCACCAGAUUCUCAUUGACGGUGUCUCUACAAUGGAGGCCAUUUCCAGCCAGAUGUCUGACCUCCUGGAGAGCCUCUGUCAACAGUUUCCAAGACUGUGGUUCUUAAGUGAUUGGGAGAGGAUACAGCUACUCUCCUUUGAUCCAACACCUUGCACACUGCAGCCUUUUGUACGCAAAUGCUUUAAAGGGAUACGUUGGCUAGAAGUGGAUUGUGUAAUACCAUCUAAUCAGACAGGUGUAAAGAUCUGUGGGGCUACAUCUGAGAGUCAGAUGAAGGUUCUGGGGUUUUUCGGCAGCCUCCAGGAGCACAUUACCUUUCCGUCUCCUUUGGAGCCAAAUCCCAAUGCCUUAGGUUGGCUUUCUAUCUUUGAGAAAGAGUUAACGUUGACCAUGGUGCAACUCAUGAAGAAAUGUGCUAUUGUGAGAAUCCAGCUUGAACCACACACUGAAGAUGUGGCAUUUGAUAAAGAAGUAAAAGACAUUGUAUUUCAAAUUGCUGAAAGAAGGAAAGUCGCCCUCCCUGUGCUGGAUCUCGUGUCUGAAUACCCUCUUCAGUGUCUGCUGGUGGUGGAGGAGGCAGUUUGGUGCCAGUCUGUCCUACAAGCUUUCCAAGAGUCAAGUCCAGUGAUGUUAAGAAACAUAAAGGCAUACAACUCUGCAAAAUGGAAAACCCUUGGCCGUUUCAUAAGGGAUGGAGUCACAGGGUCUAACUGUGAGUCUUUGGUCUCUAAGUACAGGAUGAUGUGUCUGCGAGCUUUGGUGCAACUUACAAUGAAGCAUUCCCAGCAGCUUUCUCGGCUCAUGGAGGUGCAGAGUCUUCCAGAGUCGUCUUUCGAGUGGCUAAGUUUCAUGAAGUAUCAUAUAAACUCAGAAGAUUGUAGUCUGACGGAUGAUCCAACAUGUCACGUGGAUGUUUUGGGCCAUCGACUCCAAUAUGAUUAUGAGUAUUUUGGUCCAGAAGAUUGUGUGAUGGGACACACUCCAUCCACAGAUCGGGCGAUACUGGGGAUUCUCCUGGCUCUCACAAGCUACAGGUGUGGGUUUGUGAGGGGACCUUGCAUGUCUGGAAAGAAAACAACAGUGGUUCAGUUGGGAAAAGCGUUGGGGCGAAUGGUUGUCAACUUGCAAUGUUGUCCAACUAUGAGCCCCGGUGUUGUUCAGAGGAUGCUGUUGGGUGCUCUUCAGACUGGAGCGUGGCUUCUGCUGGACUCUGUAGACCUACUAACACAAGGAUUACUUUCAAUGCUGGGCCAGCAUCUAUUUGACAUCCAACAAUCCUUCGCAGAGUUCACACAAAAGAAGAACCAAAGACUGAGAGAGGAGCCAAAGGACUGGAAUGCUGAUGGGGUCACAGAUUGCACAAACCUCCAUUCAGAUUGUCACAUGGUGAUUGCAGGGAAAAGCAUUUCUGCCAGACCAAGCUAUGGAUGUGUUGUCAUCUCAUCCAAAGGGUAUUCAUCUGAGGUUCCAGAGAUUCUGCGAUGUGCUACCAGACCCAUCGCUUUAACCCUUCCAGAUUACAGGAUCAUCGCAGAAGUAAUGCUGACUUCCAUUGGUUACUCAGACGCCGUGUCUUUAAGUCAACGUCUGGUGGACCUCAUCAGCCUGGCCCAGGAUUCCCUCUGUCUGCCUGAUUCCAUCAAUGACCACCAGAGCUGCUAUCUUGUCCUCUUGCAAAAGAUCAUCUCUGCAUCUGAAAUGCACUUCCAACAAAGUGAAAGGCAAAAAGACAUUUCUGAUGAGGCCGAUCCUACACCUUCAGAAACUCUGACUGUCAGAGUUGAUGAUAAGGACAGAAAAGAAGCUGAAAAACCCUCCAGGUUUCUCAGUUCUCAUUUGUCCAUUAUACAGGGAUUAAUGGAGGAGACAGCUAUUGUCAAAGCCAUUCUUUCUGUCUCAUUACCUGUUCUUUAUGAACAAAAGAAAGCCUUGCAGUUCUCCAUCCUUCUCAAGGAAACAUUCCCUAUUGCAUGCCAGUUUCCUCUCUUCCAAGAGUACAUCGAGGAAGAAGAAAAGACUCAACUUAAAUAUGCACUAACAGAAGAAUUACAAAGGAAAUGUUUUCACGCUGACACUGAAAUAAUAAGCAGUUCUCUGAGACUCUACCAUACCAUGAAACUCUCUCCCGCAGUUAUUCUCAUAGGCCCUUCAGGUAGUGGAAAGACAACCUGUCGCUGUGCUCUUGCUGAAGCACUCAAUCACCUGGCUGCGUUGACAGAAAAUGACAAUAGGAUGGAAGGAGAUACCCCACAGAUCUCAACCUGGAACUCUGUGGACACCGUGGUUUUAUUUCCUAAUGCCAUGUCCCAUAAGGAGCUAUUUGGCAGCUUCUGUGAAAAGAGAGGAUGGCAAGAUGGAGCUGUAGUAAAGGUGCUGAGAGAUUCAGAACCAAAAAUCUGCAACAAGAAUCAGAAAAGUGAUCAGAUACAUAAAUGGCUGGUGAUGGAUGGGAAUCCUGUAGGCUGGUUGGACUACUUAACUACAAUGUGCAGUCCUCAGGACCAGUUUCUGUGCCUGUCAUCAGGGGAAAUACUGCCAUCCCAACCACACCUUAGACUAGUGAUGGAGGUCACUGAUCUACGUGAUGCAAGUCCCUCUGCAGUGACCCGCUGCAGCCUGGUUUAUUUCUCAGGUUCUGAUCUGUGGAAGGCUGUGUGGAGGAGUGAAAUGGAUGCUCUGUCUUCUGAACACAAACUAGAUCAAGGAACCUUGAACAUGUGGAAUCGUCUGGCUGAAGAUCUGUUCUCCAACACGCUUACCGCUUUAACAUCUGCAAUCCUAAAUGAAGGAGAAUCUCUUGAAAGCGUUGUGCAUGGGAUGAGAGAAAUCAUGUCGUUUGUUCGGAUCCUACGAGCCCUCCUUCAGCAUGUCGGGAAGGAAGGGGAGAAAGCUGGGGCAACACCACAAGUGUACAAAAAAGAUACACCUCUACACAGAGCCGGAACAGACAGCAAAGGCCUGCUGAACAGAAACCUUUUCCUGGUGGCUUAUAUUUGGGGAUUUAGUGGACAUCUGCAUCCUCGCCACUGGCCACGGUUCGACUCAGUGGCCCAUCAAGUGCUGUUUACCUGCCGAUACAGAAUUGUGGUUCCUGAUGGAGAGAGUGUGUUUGAAUACUUUUUUAACAUCGACAUCAAGACAUGCUCCAAGAACACACUGCUGACAAAAUCUAUUCCUCCCAUGUAUAGGAAGUAUGCCUCUCUUCUGAACAUCAUGUUGGAGGCGAACCAGCCGGUGUUGCUCUCAGGAGAACCCGGUUCUGGAAAAACGACUCUGUGCAGAACGUUGCUGAGUUUUGAGAAGCCACACAUUACUCUACCAGCCAGUCCUCUACUGAGAUCCAGAGACCUACACACCGUACUGAAGACCAUCAACUGCACGAAGAACUGCAGAGACACUCAGGGUCCCAAUGCAAAACAGACUGGACUGCUUGUCUUUGUGGAUGAUUUGCACGAAGCCCCCAGAGAUGUCUUUGGGAAGAUGUCUACGGCUCUAGACACGCUCCGACAGAGUAUCUCGAUGGGACGGAUUCUAACAUUUGACGGCUACAACUUCAAGUUAUUGAGUGCUGCUUCCCUCAGCUACAUGGCCACCUGUUGUGUCUCUGGAUCACACAGUACAGUGAUUUCCUCCAGGCUCUCACGCCUGUUCUCCAACUUUGUGCUCCCCAGCCUUUCUAUGGACGUCAUAUUGUCUAUCCAUUCUCCUCGGCUAAAGAUGUGGCUCAAAGAAACACAACUAACGCAGAGUGCUGAGGAUAUGGCAUGUUGCAUUAUCACUGCAACUAAGAAUGUGUAUGAUGCCGUGUGUGACCAAUUCAAGCCUACUGUGCAGAGGCCCCUUUUCAUAUUUUCCCAUCAUGACCUUCAGAAGGUGUUUAAGGGUUUGUGUCUCUGGCAGCCUGACAGAGGGACAAUGCAACAAAAGGAGGAAACAAUACUAAUCCUUCCAGAGUCUGAACCAGUCCUUAACAUCGCACAUCUCUGGAUGCAUGAGUGUUUGCGUACAUUCAGCGACAGGUUAUGCUCCGAGGAUGAAAGCAAAACUCUUGAGUCCCUCAUAGCCAUGACAGCAACAACUCACUAUGGAAGUAGAUUGGCUGAUGCAACUUCUCCUGUCAGUUUAGAUGUCAAAAGGCUUGAUAUUCACACACUCCCCUCGGACACUGAAGGUCAGCCAAUAGCUAAGAGUUUAGGUAACCGUAAUUUGCCUCAAGAGACAAAACCAGCUGGACAAUCCGACCUGAAGAAAGCCCAGACAUUGACUGAACCUUCCUCUUUGUCUGGAAACAUUUCGUCAGUAGAAGAAAGCCUAAAAACUCAUGCUAUGCAACCCCAGAUUCUUCAGCAUAUGGAGGACAAACUGGCUAAUCUUGUGUAUGCUCCUGAUCUUUCUGAGGCUCCAAUGAAUCAGAAACACAUUUUUAAGUGUAGCUUUACUUACCAGGACAGAGACCUUGAGGUAUUACUGCAGCAACUGCGUGUCCUCAUCAGCAGAAACAAGGAAGACAAAGGACAGGAAGCUGAUUAUAAUAUUUUAAAUAGAUGCGUGGUGCACAGACAGAGGGUGGGUCAGCUGUUACACAUCCUCCGGGCGCUGCUUAUACCCGGAGGUCACGGACUGCUGAUGGCCUCCAACAAAAGCACAGGUCGUAAAACCACAGUGCGUUUAGCUGCCUUUAUAACCGGAUACCUGCUGAUGGAGGUGCAUCCCAGUAACGAGGAUGAGUUGCACGAAAUCCUCAAAGAAGCUGUGAACAAAACAAGAGUGGAUGGAGUUAGGGUCAUCAUACUGGUUCAUGAAGGAGUCAGUCAGCCAAUCAGAUGGGAGCUGCUGGCGGCGAUGGCUCACCAAACACAAGCAGGACUUUACACCGAGGAUCUGAGGAACGUUGUUUCCAGAGCGACUGAUGUGAGGAAGUCAAGACGAUAUCGUAUGGACUACUGGAUGUCUGAGAAGUACUUGAGCCAAAUCCACAGAAAUGUGCACGUGUUCCUGUUGCUGCCCUUCACAACGACAGACAGCAGUGAGGUUCCUGCAAACAAUGGAGACCGUGGAUUGACCACACAGCUGAUGAAGGCUCUGAGCCUGAGUGUGUGUGUGGACAUUUACCAGCCGUGGUCCAGACUGUCUCUAGUGGAAGUUGCUGCUCAAUGCCUCAAAACAAACCCUCCUAUAACAGAGAGAGACACCUCAGAGGCCGGCCUGUCUGUGGUUAUGGCAGGAAUCCAUCAGUCUGCAUGUCAGUAUGCGUCUGUGCUGCUCAGAGAUCAGACGUUCAACCCUCAGACCUUUCUGGAGUUUAUUGCACACUUUCAUCACCUCUUUAAACAUCUGCACACACAACAUCAGAGCAGAGCCAACAGAUUAGCAGCUGUUCUGUCCCGUCUGGAUGUGAUGAGCGGCGAAGCAGCUCGGUACAAACAGAACCUGGUGAAACUGCAGGAGGAGGUUUCAGAGGCACAGCAGCGUGAGUUAGAGCUCCUCUCAGCGCUGGAUCAUCAAAGGAUUCUGCUGGAGGAGGCGCAGGAGAGUUGUGUCGUCGAGGAGAACAAGCUGUACGACCUGGAGGAGCAGGUCAGCCACACUCACAAGCAGGUGGUCCCGGUGCUGCUGUUGGGUCUGAAGCUACUCUCCUGUCUGAAUCCGUGCGACCUGGAGGAGGUGCGUCACUACAGAGACCCUCCUGAAGGAGUGGUGAGGAUCAUGGACGCCGUCUGUCUGCUUUUCAACCGUCCGCCGGGCUGGGAGAGCGCCAAGCAGCUGCUGGGACAAGACAACUUCUUCCAGGAGUUGGAGUUCUUCGAACGCUGCAGUGUGACAGCAGAGCGUCUGCAGCAGCUCGCUCUCAUGGUGCACAGCCCUCAGUUUGUCCCAGAGUCGGUGCAGGGGGUGAGCAGAGCCUGUGAGUCUCUGUGUCUCUGGGUGAAGGCCGUGUUCCAGUGCUGCUGCAUGCAACAACAGCUGGAGCUGAAGCAGCAGAUGGAGGCCACGGCCAGACACACUCGAGCCAAACUGAACCGCCUGGAGCUGCAGAAGAACGAGGCGAAGCAGCGUCAGGAGGAGGAGAAGAUACAGCUGGAGGGGGUGAGAGCAAAACUGAAGGAGACAGAGAAGAGGAU